UGCAGCAGCGGAUCUUGAGUUUGGAAGCUGACAACAUGCGCCUCCAAGUGGAGCUACAGCACCACGAGACACGGCGGCUAUCGGUUGACUUCAUCAGACAUGACCCCAAGCAGUGCAUUUAUUACACUGGGCUGCCCGAGUUUGCUGUAUUUGAAGCAGUAUACGAUUUUUUUGCACCUCGGGCAUCCCAGAUGCAAUACUGGUCCAGCGGUCGAAAGAGUAACGGGAUGAAAGGCCGCCCCCGGGAGUUGGAGCUCAUUGAGGAAUUCUUCAUGGUACUUACUAGGCUGAGAACGGGAAUGGCUGGCAGGGAAAUGGCCCGCAAUUUUGGAGUACAUGAAGCAACGGUGAGCAGGCUGCUUACAACCUGGAUAAACUUCCUGCAGCGAGAGUUGAGUACACUGACACGGCUUCCAUCUCUGCACGAAAUUCAGAUGUAUCUGCCUCAUGCCUUUCGCUACUUCUUAAACACAAGAAUAGUUCUCGACGGAACGGAGGUGCGCAUCCAGAAGCCCUCUUCCCUGGCUGCCCAGAGGCAUACUUUUUCACCUUAUAAGCAUUUUAAUACUUAUAAGGCGGUCAUUGGCUGUACCGCUGAUGGCUACGUUUCAUAUGUUUCCAAGUUGUGGGGAGGGUCAGUUUCAGACAGGCCGAUUGUAGAGGAGAGUGGGUUGUUAGGGCUAUUGGAGUCAGGUGACGCCAUUAUGGUGGAUAAGGGUUUCAAGCUUAAUAACAUACCAGCAGGGGUUCAGGUGCACAUCCCUGCUUUCAGAAAGCCGCAAGAGCCGCAAAUGCCAGAGGAGGACGUUGCGCACUCCCGCCGGGUGGCUAGUGCCAGAGUAAUUGUUGAGCGUGUGAUUGGGAGGGUAAAACAGUUUCACAUUUUGGAUCGUCCGUUCCCCAUCACAAUGAUCGGCAUUGCUAACCAGGUCUUUCAAGUUUGUUGUUUCUUAAGCAAUUUCCGGGAGCCACUGACUAGGGAUGAGUAGUGUCACAGUCAAAACAUGUAAACUUCCCUGUGUAAAUACUUUAAGGCAAUGAAAAAUUUUGCGAAAAAACAAAUCACUUGCACGACUUAUUUAGCAUGCACGCUGAAUGAUGCAUGUUAAAUGGAUGCGAAACAAGAUUUUGGAUCUCGUAAAACAA